GUGAGUGUCACGGAAUGCUGUAAUGUCGGAGCUCGGAGUGACGCCGUGAACGCACCAAAAGUUCAGUCUUCAGAGUUGUGACAGCAACAAUCAUGGAGGAGAAACCAAGCGAUACCGACACCGACUUCUCACCGGACCCCGGAGGGCCAGGACCCGCGGAUCACGGCGCAGCAGAGACGAUCAGCAGCCGACAGCUGACCGAGCAGAGCCGGUUUGCGUUUGCCGCCCUGUGCAGCGUCUCCCUGGGCCAGCUGUUCGCCGGACCUGAAGACAGUGGCUUCAGGGAGCAGUACCUGCGGGACUUGGUGCGGUGCCUGGAUCUGGACGAGUCGGUGAUGCCCGUCAUGGGGGCCUUUCUGUCAGGUCUGGGCUUCGAGGGCACCGAUACCUUUCUCUCCAUCCUACAGGCCGAUCCACUGGUGGCUGCAGGAGCCACACCCAUCAUACAGGAUCUGGUGACUUUGUCUGUCAAACAUGGUCAGUACGACGCCAGAGCGAGAGUCCUGAUCCGUCACGUUAGCUGUCUGCUACGGGUGUCCCCGCGGCAGCUGGAGGAGUUUGAGGAGACGCUCGGAGAGAGGCUGAGGGAAGCGGGAGAGGAGAGCGAAGAGGAGUCCUCUCGGCGACGGAGGAGAGAAAGAGGGCGAAAGCUGAGACGCUACCUCCUCAUCGGCUUGGCCACUGUGGGAGGAGGAACUGUGAUCGGUGUGACAGGUGGCCUGGCCGCUCCUCUGGUGGCAGCCGGAGCUGGCGCUGUGCUGGGGGCCGGGGGGGCCGCCGCUCUGGGCUCAGCUGCUGGCAUCGCAAUAAUGGCCUCUCUGUUCGGGGCCGCCGGAGCUGGACUGACCGGCUAUAAGAUGAAUAAGUGCGUCGGGGCCAUAGAAGAGUUUGAAUUUCGACCAAUGAGCUCUGGGAAGCAUCUUCACCUGACCAUCGCAGUGACGGGUUGGCUCUGCAGUGGUAAAUACAAUUCGUUUCAGGCCCCGUGGUGCAGCUUGGGCGAGUGUGGAGAGCAGUACUGUCUGGUGUGGGAGUCACGUUUCCUCAGGGACCUGGGCUCCGCCAUGACCUCCCUGUUGGACGGCCUGGUCAGCAUGGUGGCUCAGGAAGCCCUCAAGUACACCGUGCUCUCAGGAAUCGUGACGGCGCUGACGUGGCCUGCAUCUCUGCUGGCGGCAGCCAGCGUCAUCGACAACCCCUGGUGUGUUUGCCUGAACCGCUCAGCUGAGGUGGGCAAACACCUGGCUCAGGUGUUGAGAAGCAGGCGGCAGGGGAAGCGACCUGUCAGCCUCAUAGGUUUUAGUCUGGGAGCCCGAGUCAUCUACUACUGUCUGCAGGAGCUUGCCAAGGAUAAAGGUAGUGAAGGCGUGGUGGAGGACGUGGUCCUUCUGGGAGCCCCUGUAGACGGCUCUGAGAAGUCCUGGGAGAGAAUGGUGGGGGUGGUGGCAGGCAAAAUAGUGAAUGGCUACUGCAGAGGGGACUGGCUCCUGGGGUACCUGUACCGAAGCUCAUCCGCACAGCUGUCUGUUGCUGGGCUGCAGCCAAUCAACAUCCAGGAUCGACGGAUAAUUAAUGUGGAUCUUUCGUCGGUGGUGAAAGGCCACUUGGACUACAUGCGUCAGAUGGACACCAUCUUGGUGGCAGUCGGAGUUCCCACCAAAGAAGUGCCGGGAGCCUCGUUCGUCCUUCCGCAGUCCGCGAAAGCCGCCGAGAAGACCACGGACAAUCUGGCCCAAAGCAACACGGAGCAGCGAGUGAGCGUACCGCAAAACCCUGCUGGGAAAGAAGAGAGCAGAGACUGGAGAGAGGUGGCAGAGACAGAAGCUAUGGGGGAUGGCUGGGAUAUUCCUGACAUUACAGAUCUGCUGGACUCGCUGAAUGAGACAGAAUCAACCCAUCAAGUCUCAACUCGGAGCAAAGUAUCGGCUAAUAGCGAGGAGGCGGCCACUGAUAACGCCACGUCCUCGGAUUUCAAUGCACGAAACAACAGUUUAGAGGAGGCUGACCUUAAUGAUGAUGAUGAUGAUGAUGAUAAGCGCAUAUCAUGGAGCUGGGAUGAUGCACACUGGACUACAGCACGCUCACACAAAUAAAAACCUUCAAAGAGCAUGUUCCAGGACCAGCUGCUUUCUCAACAGCUCUCAUGGUCUCAAGUUAUUUUUUGCAACACAGAAGCUCCUUUGAUAGAAAAAAACAAAAAAAACAUGUUAUUUUAUUCCUGGCACAAUGACUUGCCAGGGAUGGCACAAGUGUAGGCUCAUACAUAUGGCAGCUUUUAGGGAAAGAAGAAAAAAAAAAACAGCCCUCUGAAUUAACCGCCUUGUUUCACUGCUUGAUGAACUGAUAAUUUAAUUACAAUUUAGAAUGUUGAAGAAAUGGUUGUUUGUUUUAGGAACUGUAAAGGGGAUAUAUAUAUAUUUUUUAAAUCAUGUGUGAUUUAAAAUUGCAGGUAAACUGGAUGCUAAAUGAGCGGUAAAAACUCAUCCUCUCAUCUUACUCACCAGUCUCUGCGUGGCUGAGGGCAGUUCAGUCAGUUGUUGUCGUUUUCGUGGCCUGUUUAUCUCUUCCUCCCAGAUUGAAUGUGACGCCUCAUUUCUUACAAAGUGAAGUUAGAGUCUUGCAUAAGUA